GCCCCUCCAAGGAGAGCAUUUCUAGGGAAUAACAGGAGAGGAAUCAGAAGUCCUGAAGCCUUGGAGUGGACAGCCUCAGAAUGGGGCUACAUGAAAACUUCAGAGUUGCCGAUUUGAGGAGCUAUCUUGUCCACUUGAGUCCUUUCACUAUGGCUUUGGUCUCAGCUCUCAGUGCCUGCUUCAUCACAAGUUCUGUUGGAGUAACAGACAAGGAGCUGAGACUAGUGGAUGGUGAAGACAGGUGUUCUGGCAGAGUGGAAGUGAAAUUCCAGGAGGAGUGGGGAACCGUGUGUAAAAAUGACUGGGACAAGGAAGAGGUCUCUGUGAUUUGUAGGCAGCUAGGAUGUCCAACAGUUAUCCAAGCCACAGGAUGGACUAAUGCUAGUGCAGGCUCUGGACACAUUUGGAUGGAUCAUGUAUCAUGUAAAGGGAAUGAAUCAGCUAUCUGGGACUGCAAGCAUGAUGGUUGGGGAAAGCACAACUGCACUCACGAGCAGGACACAGGUGUAACUUGUUCAGAUGGAUCCAGUCUGGAGUUGAGACUGGUGAAUGGAGGAAACCGCUGUGCAGGAAGAGUAGAGGUCAAGUUCCAAGGACAGUGGGGAACAGUGUGUGAUGACAGCUUCCAGAAAGAUCAGGCUUCUGUGGUUUGUAAACAGCUUGAAUGUGGAAGUGCUGUCAGUCACUCAGGUUCAGCAGCUUUUGGAGAAGGUUCUGGACCGAUCUGGUUUGAUGAUGUUGCAUGUACUGGUAAUGAGUCAGCUCUCUGGAACUGCAAACACCAAGGCUGGGGAAAGCAUAAUUGCCAUCAUUCUGAGGAUGCAGGAGUUAUUUGUUUAGAUGGUGCAGACAUAAGCCUGAGACUGGCAGAUGGAACUGAUGAAUGUUCAGGAAGAUUAGAGGUCAAAUUCCAAGGAGAAUGGGGGACUGUGUGUGAUGAUAACUGGGACAGUGAUGAUGCUGCUGUGACAUGUAAACAACUGAGAUGUCCAACCACCUUCACAGCCAUUGGUCGUGUUAAUGCCACUGAGGGAACUGGACCCAUCUGGCUUGAUGGUGUUUCCUGCCGAGGAGAUGAGUCUGACCUCUGGCAGUGCAAACACAGUGACUGGGGGAAGCAUUACUGCAACCACGCUGAAGAUGCUGGUGUGAUUUGUUCAGAUGGAUCCAACCUAAAAUUGAGACUUGUAGGUGGAGGCAGCCACUGUGCUGGGACAGUGGAGGUGGAAAUCCAGAAGCUGACUGGGAAACUGUGUGACAGAAACUGGGAUUUGAAAGAAGCGGAUAUUCUCUGCAGGCAGCUGGGAUGUGGGUCUGCGCUCAAAACCUCAUACCAAGCUUACUCCAAAAUUCAGGCAACAAACAUGUGGAUGUUUUUAGGCCGCUGUGAGGGAAAUGAAACUUCUCUUUGGGAGUGCAAGAAUUGGCAAUGGGGUGGACUUACCUGUGAAUACAGUGGAGCAGCCAAAGUUACCUGCUCAGCCCACAGGGAGCCCAGGUUGGUUGGAGGUGACAUCCCCUGCUCUGGCCGAGUGGAGGUGAAACAUGGGGAUACUUGGGGCUCCGUCUGUGACUCUGACUUCUCUCUGGAAGCCGCGGAUGUGGUGUGCAGGGAACUGCAGUGUGGCACGGUCACCUCUAUUCUGGGCGGAGCUCACUUCGGAGAAGGACAGGGGCAGAUCUGGGCUGAGGAGUUCCAGUGUGAGGGUGAAGAGUCCCAUCUGGCCGUCUGCCGGGUGGCGCCUCGUCCUGAUGGAACAUGUAGCCACAGCAAGGACGUGGGAGUCGUCUGCUCCAGACACCCAGAAAUCCAUCUGGUGAAUGGCAAGACCCGCUGUGAGGGGAGAGUGGAGCUCAAAGUUCUGGGAUCCUGGGGGUCCCUCUGCAGCUCCCACUGGGACAUGGAGGACGCCCACGUGCUCUGCCAGCAGCUCCAGUGUGGCACCGCCCUCUCUACCCCUGGCGGGUCCCAUUUUGGCAGAGGGGGCAGUCAGGUCUGGAGGCACAUGUUUCACUGCACUGGGAUUGAGAAGCACAUAGGAGAUUGCCCUCUCAUUGCCCUGGGAGCCCCACUGUGUGCCACCAAGCACGUGGCCUCUGUCAUCUGUUCAGGCAAUCAGAGUCAGACCUUCAACCCAUGCAAUACAACCUCUUCAAGCCCAACAAGUUCUCCUGGAGCAGAAGGAGGUGACUGCAUAGGGAAUGGUCAGCUCCGCCUGGUGAAUGGAAGCAGUCGCUGUGCAGGGCGGGUAGAGGCCUACCACGAGGGAUCCUGGGGCACCAUCUGUGAUGACAGCUGGGACCUGACUGAUGCCCAUGUGGUGUGCAGACAGCUGGGCUGUGGAGUGGCCAUCAAUGCCACUAUCUCUGCUUACUAUGGGGAAGGGACGGGGCCCAUCUGGCUGGACGAGAUAGACUGCAGUGGAAAGGAAUCCCACAUCUGGCAGUGCCGCUCUCACGGUUGGGGCCGGCACAACUGCAGGCAUAAGGAGGAUGCAGGUGUCAUUUGCUCAGAGUUCAUGUCUCUGAGAUUGGCCAGUGAGACCAGCAGAAAGACUUGUGCAGGACGUCUGGAAGUUUUCUACAAUGGAGCUUGGGGCAGCAUUGGCAAGAGCAGCAUGUCACCAACCACAGUAGGGGUGGUGUGCAGGCAGCUGGGCUGUGGGGACCAAGGAACUGUCAGCCCUGUGCCUCUAUACAAGAUGAUGCCCAGGCAGAUGUGGGUGGACAAUGUCCAGUGUCCAUCAGGACCUGAUACAUUAUGGCAAUGCCUAUCAUCUCCAUGGAAACAGAGACCAGCCAGUCCUUCAGAAGAGGCCUGGAUCACAUGUGGCAGCAAGAUAAGACUUCAAGAAGGAAAGUCUAAUUGCUCUGGACGAGUGGAAGUCUGGCAUAAGGGCUCCUGGGGGACAGUGUGUGAUGACUCCUGGGACCUUGAUGAUGCACAGGUGGUGUGUCGACAGCUGGGCUGUGGUCCAGCAGUGGAAGCACUCAAGGAGGCAGCGUUUGGUCAGGGAACAGGACCCAUAUGGCGCAGUGGUGUGAAGUGCCAAGGGAAUGAAUCUUCCCUGUGGGAUUGUCCUCCUGAAACCUGGGGGCACAGUGACUGUGGGCACAAGGAAGAUGCUGCUGUGAGGUGCUUAGAAGUUUCAAGGACCUUGGAAUCAUCAAGUUCCACAGGUCACUCAACCGCUAUCGGACUGGGGGUCUUUGGCAUCAUUCUGCUAGCCUGUCUCAACACACUCCUCCUAUGGACUCUGAAACGAAGACAGAGACAGCGUCUUACAGUUUUCACAGGAGGAAAGAACUCUAUUCAAUAUCGGGAAAUGAAUUCUACUCUGAUGGCUGAUGAUCUGGAUCCGCUGAGCCCCUCAGGUGGCUGUUCUGAAACACACUGAAAACAAAAAUGGAAACAUAGACUCCAGUGAGCCUUGGAGAUACCUUGAUGAAGACCUGGACCAUUAAAUAGAACAAGAAUCCCUCUCACCCCCUGAAGAUUACAGACCUUUGUC